UCUCCCGGACAUGUUCCCGUCUUUGGCUGAAGAUAACAUUUUCACAUAUUUGAGUGCUGAGUAGAGUCACAGGGAAAAUGAAACUGUUUUUCCCCCUUCUUUGGCAGUGGGAUGACAUCCAAGGACUUGUACACAGUAGACAAGUGCUCUACCACAGAGCCCUUUCAAUUUUUUUUUUUUAAUUGGAGACAAAGUCUCACUAAGUUUCCCAGCCUGCCCCACUCACCACUCACGGAACCCAGUGUGGCCCAGGAGGUGCCUGGGCAGUGCGGCCAGAGCUGCUCCCCUGAGCCCACCCAGUUUGUGAUUUCUCUGUCUCAUUGUCUAGAGCAGCUAGGCUUUGAAGUGUGCCACCACACCCAGGAGGAAAACGAAAGUCCUGAAGGUGAUAAAAGGGCAGCGAGCAGUCAGUGCCACAUGAUACAGCCAGACAGAAGGAUGCCUGCCACGUCCAGUCCAAGACUUGGAGACCUGAUCGAGAUUGAUCGCACUGGCUACGCUCACUGGGCUAUCUAUGUGGGAAACGACUAUGUGGUUCAUCUGGCUCCCCCAAGUGAAUUUGCGGGGGCUGGUUCUUCCAGCAUCAUGUCUGUUCUGACUGACAGAGCCAUAGUGAAGAAGGAGCUGCUGUCCCAAGUGGCCAAGAACAAUGCCUACCGAGUCAAUAACAAAUACGACAAGAAGUAUACACCACUGCCUAUCAACAAAGUCGUCAAGUCGGCUCUGGAGCUGGUAGGGAAGGAGCUACCGUAUUCAGUGACCCACAUGAACUGUGAGCACUUCGUGACUAAGCUGCGCUAUGGAGUUCCGCUCUCUGAACAGGUUGAAGAAGCGGCCACAAACAUAGCUGUGGGAGCAGGUGUCCUGGCUAGUCUAGGAUUAAUUGGGAUCGUCCUGUCUCGAACCAGGCGGGAAAAGCAAUGAAAUCAACGCAUUGUCUUAAUGACACCAGCUAAUAUGCAGUAAUCUUGCUUAGCCAAGGGUUUGCUUCAUUGAUUUCACUCUUUGGUGAUCACAGAUGCUUAUUUUAAUGGAUCUAAAUAAAAGCAUAGAAAUAUUAUAUUUGUGGGAAUAAUUAAUUGAAUAUGAAUUCUUCUUUUUGGUUUUCCAAAUUUGAUUCCCUAUGGGUUUAAAAAUUUCAUUUAGCUAAUAAUAGAUGUGUAAAAUUUUAGGUAUUCUUUUGGUCAGAUCUGGGAAAAUCUCAAUCAAAUGUUUGCAUGUGCAUACUGUAAAAGCUCAGGUUAUCAACAUUUCCUCUUUGUGCAGUGUCUGAUCUUAUAUCUCUAUGGAUUGAUCUACGAAUCAACCUAUUUGUGACUGACAUUCUUGUUACAGUGGCCUCCUAUGCGUUGGGCCAUCUUUGACUGUGUCAGUGUUUAAUGUCAAAUCAGGCUUUUCCACAUAUUUAUAUGAUUCAUUAUAUUGUAUUAAUUGGAUUAGCAAAUAAUUCAUAGACCUUUGUUACUUUUGCUUGAAAAUUCCUUUUCUUAAUGUGUUCUGCUAUUGUAUAAUUUCAAACUUUGGCUGCAAUUUGCAUCUCAAUGUCAGAAUAAUUUACAUUGAAAUUAUAGCGCAUUUGACCUUACUUUUGGUAUUUCAUUAAUUUUAUUGUUUACCUUUUUAAUCCUUUAAUAAAAAUUUUAGCUGAUUUA